GGAGCCUGCCACGAAGCCUGCACCAGGGGACAGGAUGGAGGAGAAUUUUUCCUGCCAAGUCAAGAAGAUGGCGCUGGCCUUGGGAACGUCUCUGACGGACAAGGAUAUUGACCUGCUGCCCUCGGAGAUGAGACAUCACGCUGCCUUCAACUACAGCAAGUUCUUCGAGUACAUGCGGAAGUUCCAGACGCCGAGCGAGCAGCAGGAGCAGUUGCGCAAAGCUUUCCAGCUCCUGGACAAGGACAACAGCGGCUUCAUCGAGUGGAACGAGAUCAAAGUUCUCCGACCUGGUCACAAAGGAGAAGAUCCCCAAGAAGAAGUAAGGCAGGAGGCAGAGGAGAAGGAGCGCCCCACUUCCUGGCACCAGGCUGCCUGCUUUGGGGGCAGCCCCCCGCGGAGGCCACCGCCGGCCGCCCAUGCAGCACUGUGCUUGUCCUGUGUGUUCUGUCGCCUAGACCCCAAUUUGGAGGGGAAGGGACUGCCACACCUGGCCUGGCGGGAAGGGGAGAACAGGGGUGGGUACCCAGCUGCAUACCAGGCCCAGAGCGGUAGGAGGCAGUUCUGGGCCAGGGCAGGAGGGAGGGAGGGCUUGAGAAAUAACAACCACCCCACUGCAGCUUAACCUCCCCAGCACACGACCAGCAGCAGGUGCAUUCGAGAUGGUGCCGCUCUCCCUCCGGCCUCCCACCCCGGCAGAGUGUCAGGGCCAGCCAGACCGGGACUGGAGCAGAAAGACUGAAGAAAAACCAGACCCAACCUGACUCCGAGCCUUGGGCCUCCUGCAUCCAUUCCCUUCCCCCGGCUCCUCCCCUCCCACUCAGACUGGGCCCAGCUCAGCACGGUCCCGAGAGCGCUGCCUGUGCCGGCUGGAUGCUCUCUGCCCAGAGAAGGGCGAGUUCACCACUGGCACAGCCAAUGGGGCCUCCUACCACGGGCAGCAGCUGCACUAGCGCCAGGAGGGUGGGGGUGUGGGGUGGAGAAAGUUCCUAUUUGCAGCCGCUGUCCUUGUGCCGUGUCCUGCGUUGCACCCGCCCCUGUCCCUGCCCCACCGUGCGGGGGCAGGGGCAGCCUCAGCUCUUGCAUUGCAGCCCUGGUGCCGUUUGCAUCCAUCGGGUCCGUUUCCUGCCCCGAAUAAAGACUCUCUUGUGAUCCUUUCUGCA